CUCAUGCCCAGUAGUCAACAAACUCUUCCUUCAUAACCUCUUCUUAUCGCUUUUUACAUCAUUUUUUCUUACUUCUCUCGUAAUAAUGGCUAGAAAGUCCGACGGAAUAUUUGAAAGCCAAGAGAUUACGAGCAUGGAAGAAGGUCUUGCCACACCCACUGACCCCAAAGAAAAUGGAAAAUUUGAUUGUUGUACAUCACCUGCAGCCGUGACCAUCACACAAAAGUUGAUUGCUGAGGUUAUUGGAACGUACUUUGUGAUAUUUGCGGGAUGUGGAUCCGUUGCUGUGAACAAUAUCUAUGGGUCAGUGACCUUUCCAGGCGUAUGUGUGACAUGGGGUUUAAUUGUAAUGGUUAUGAUAUAUUCACUUGGUCACAUUUCCGGAGCACAUUUCAACCCCGCUGUCACCAUCGCUUUCGCCAUUUUUCUCCGGUUUCCUUCAUGGCAGGUUCCAUUGUACAUCAUAGCUCAGCUAAUGGGAUCGAUUCUUGCUAGUGGCACACUAGCCCUAGCGCUUGAUGUAACCCCAGAAGCAUUUUUCGGAACUGUACCGGUCGGUUCAGAUGGGCAGUCAUUGGUUCUUGAGAUCAUCAUCUCCUUCCUCUUGAUGUUUGUCAUCUCCGGCGUAUCCACAGAUGAUAGGGCGGUGGCAGAUCUUGCUGGGAUUGCCGUUGGAAUGACUAUACUCUUGAAUGUCUUCGUUGCUGGGCCGGUUUCAGGAGCUUCGAUGAACCCUGCGAGGAGCAUAGGCCCUGCUGUUGUUAAGCAUCAAUUCAAAGGAUUAUGGGUCUACAUCGUAGGACCGAUAAUCGGAGCCAUAGGUGGAGCCUUCGCCUAUAACCUGAUAAGAUGGACAGACAAGCCGCUCGGUGAGCUAACCAAGGUUGGUUCAUUCAUCAAGAGCGCGUCGAAGAACUAUGCUUCUUAGUUAAUUUCAGAGAGGCCUUUUUAUUAAAGAUUAAGCGUCUAAUCCAGAUUAGGUUUCUAUUAAAUCAGAUACGAUAGUGAUUAAACAAAAUUUGGUUGAUUUGAUUGGAUUUUUUUAGUCCGUU